UCCCGGUUUGCAUACCGCCGCAAUAAAACAAGCUCGGUGACGUCACCUCAUCGACAAGUAAAGCUGCCCACCGGUCAUUCAUCCAUCCGUCCACACCACGGGCACGAAAACCGCAGACGAAAGAAGAGAAGAUGAGACUCAAAGAUGGGCAGUCCGAUCGGGACGAUCCGAGUUCGAGCGGGUUUCACGAUGGCGGAGCCUCUCCGUCCGGCGGAAUCCGGCGAUUUCAACCGGCGGCUCAGCCGGAGAUCAUGAGAGCGGCGGAGAAAGACGACCAGUACGCCUCCUUCGUCUACGAUGCCUGUCGCGAUGCCUUCCGUCAUCUGUUCGGUACCAGGAUUGCUUUAGCUUAUCAGAAUGAGCGUGUCUCUCUUUCUUCAUGGUUUUUGGCAGAUGAAGCUUCUCGGGCAAAUGCUUUAUUACGUUCUGACGACAGGUUCAGGGCAACAAACAUUAGGAGAAGAAUACUGCGACAUUAUACAGGACCUCAUGGACUCUCACCUACACCAGCUAGGCGUGCUUUAUUCAUUGUUUACCAGACAGCAGUACCAUAUAUUGCCGAGAAACUUAGCUCUAGGGCUUCCGCACAAGCAAUGUCCUUUGCUGAGUCCCAUUCUGAUGAGUUUUAUGGCAAUAUUGCCCUUCAGAGUGGUGGUCAUAACCAGCCACCAACAAUGAUUGAUCUUCCAUCUUCACCCGAAACAGCAACUUCAGCUUCUGCAGUCUCUAAGUUGAAAGACAAAUUUAAGAGACUAUGGUAUUGCGCUAUUCGGAGAUGGCCUGUGGUUCUCCCUGUUGCUCGCGAAGUUCUACAAUUGUUUCUCCGUGCAAAUUUGAUGUUCUUCUACUUUGAAGGACUCUAUUACCAUAUAUCAAAACGUGCGGCAGGAAUUCGCUAUGUGUUCAUAGGAAAGCAAACAAAUCAUCGCCCUAGAUACCAAAUUCUUGGGAUUUUCCUUCUAAUCCAGUUGUGCAUCCUCGCUGCUGAGGGUUUACGUCGAAGUAACUUGUCAUCUAUCUCAAGUUCUGUUCAGCAGACAUCUCUAGGAUCUUACCAAACUUCAGGAGGGAGAGGGUUGCCUGUCCUAAACGAAGAGGGAAAUUUGAUACCUCCAGAAGCCGAAACUGGAAAUUGGGUUUCAGAUUCGACCUCAACCUCAGAGGGAGUUGGGAAAUGCACUCUCUGUUUGAGUAACCGUCGGCACCCAACAGCUACAACUUGUGGCCAUGUAUUCUGUUGGGCCUGCAUUAUGGAAUGGUGCAACGAGAAGCAAGAAUGCCCUCUUUGCCGAACACCCAUUACUCACUCGAGUUUGGUUUGUCUAUACCACUCAGAUUUUUAGCUCAAGCCAAGCAAAACGAAAGAAAAUCAACCACCAGCAAGAAUCUGGGAAAGUAACAUUGGUUAAGACAGAAAAGAUAAAGGAAAGAAACAAUUGGGUGUAAGCUUCGUUACGACAUGACCUGAACGAUCAUUUUCAGACUUUAGAAUGUUUUUGUUUGACAGUGUAUACACAUACUUGCAGGAGAUCCAGUUCAUGGCAUUCUAAGCCUUGUGUGGGCUUUUCCGGUAAAACCCUCCAAGACUAUUGUGAACUCAUUGCAAGUUGUUGCGAUGAGAUCUUGGCCUUGCAAUUAAUAGCAAACCCCUCUCCAUUUCGAUGCGUGGACGUCUAGAGACAAUGUUGAUUUUGUUGGAUAUUAGAUGUCAUUCAAAACCAUGAUAUAUGGGCUUUUAUGUUAAAUCUGUUUUUUAUUUGCAGUCA